CUCGACUGGAGUGCUGGUCUUCAAGCCGAAUUUCAUGUGGAAAAACUGCCAAAUGUUAACCAGAAUAUGAAACACUUUCUCGUCCUCGGGUACACUGUGGCCCGGUUAAAUUUACGUCAUUGUCAUCAGAGUGCUUGGAGUAAGCAUGGGACAGUCAGUAAAGUUGGGGUGGACCUGGGGGAAAGAAAACUUGAGAUCUCAACAGGAAAACUUGCCAGAUUUGCAGAUGGGUGUGCCGUCGCACAGCUCGGGGAAACCUCUGUGAUGGUAACGGCUGUGAGCAAAACGAAGCCCACCUCCUCUCAGUUUAUGCCACUCGUGGUGGACUACAGGCAGAAAGCUGCAGCUGCUGGGAGAAUACCCACCAACUACCUGCGGAGGGAGCUGGGCACGACCGACACGGAGAUUCUGACCAGCAGACUGAUCGAUCGCUCUAUCAGGCCACUCUUCCCUGCUGGUUAUUUUUAUGACACUCAGGUUGUGUGUAACCUGUUAGCUGUGGAUGGAGUGAAUAACCCAGAUAUACUUGCCAUUAAUGGAGCCUCUGCUGCUCUAACCCUCUCCGACAUCCCAUGGAACGGGCCUAUCGGCGCAGUGCGCAUGGGCCUGGUGGACGGGCAGUUCCUGGUGAACCCAACCCGAAAGGAGAUGGCCUCCAGCACACUGAACCUGGUGGUGGCUGGAGCUCCUCACAGCCAAGUGGUGAUGCUGGAGGCGGCGGCGGAGAACGUGCUUCAGCAGGACUUCUGCCGCGCUGUGAAGCUCGGGCUGAAGCACACGCAGCAGAUCAUCCUGACACUCCAGCAGCUGGCCAGGGCGCAGGGCGUGACCAAGCGCACCCCACCCAAACUCUUCACUGCCGCCCCCGAGAUGGUGGAGCUCGCGCGGCAGCUGGCAUCAGAAAAGGUCUACGCUGUUUUCACAGAUUUUUCCCAUGACAAAAUUUCCAGAGAUGAGGCCAUCAACAAAAUCCGCCUGGAUACAGAGGAGCAGAUAAAAGAAAAAUACCCUCAAGCGGAGCCCUAUGAGGUGAUUGAAGCCUUCAACACUGUUUCCAGGGAGGUCUUCCGCAAUUUGGUGCUCAGUGAGUACAGAAGGUGUGACGGCAGAGACCUGACGUCUCUGAGGGACAUCUCCUGUGAUGUGGACAUCUUCAAACCCCUCCACGGGUCAGCCCUGUUCCAGAGGGGUCAGACGCAGGUGCUUUGUACUGUAACGUUUGACUCCAUAGAGUCAAGCAUCAAAGCUGACCUUAUCACUACAGCUUUAAGUGGAGUGAAAGAUAAGAAUUUCAUGCUGCACUAUGAGUUCCCUCCCUAUGCCACCAAUGAGACUGGGAAGAUGGGCGGGAUGAACAGGAGAGAGCUGGGUCAUGGGGCCUUGGCGGAAAAGGCUUUGAAACCAGUCAUUCCCGCGGACUUCCCCUUCACUAUAAGAGUCACGUCAGAAGUGCUGGAGUCUAAUGGAUCAUCGUCCAUGGCGUCAGCGUGUGGCGGAAGUCUGGCCCUAAUGGAUGCAGGUGUACCAAUUUCGUCGGCGGUGGCUGGUGUUGCUAUUGGUCUCAUAUCCAAGCCCAAUCCUGAGAAACCGUCAGAAAUCCUGGACUACCGGCUCCUGACAGACAUCCUGGGAAUAGAAGAUUACAACGGAGACAUGGAUUUCAAAAUGGCGGGCACUCUAAAGGGCAUCACCGCCCUGCAGGCCGACAUAAAGAUUCCUGGGCUGCCUCUGAGGAUUGUGAUGGAAGCAAUUCAGCAGGCAACAGUGGCUAAGAAGGAGAUACUGGGCAUCAUGAACAAAACCAUCACCAAACCGAGGGACAAGAGAAAGGAGAACGGGCCAGUUGUUGAGACCGUCCGGGUGCCCAUCUCCAGGAGAGCUCGGUUUGUUGGCCCAGGGGGCUACAACCUCCGCAAGCUACAAGCCCAGACAGGUGUGACUAUAAGCCAGGUGGAUGAAGAGACUUUCUCUGUGUUUGCACCGACUCCUACUGCCAUGAGUGAAGCCCAGGAGUUCAUCACAGAAAUCUGCAAAGAUGACCAAGAACACCAGCUAGAGUUUGGUGCGGUCUACACGGCAACCAUCACGGAAAUAAGGGACAUUGGGGUCAUGGUCAAGCUGUACCCCAACAUGACCGCCGUGCUACUCCACAACUCCCAGCUGGACCACAAACGGAUAAAACAUCCUAGUGCACUUGCACUUGAAGUCGGACAGCAGAUUCAGGUUAAAUAUUUUGGAAGGGACCCAACUGAUGGAAGGAUGAGGCUCUCGCGGAAAGUGCUCCAGUCUCCCGCAGCCACCACGGUGAAGACCUUGAGCGAGAGGCACAGCAUCUCCAUGGGAACGGGCAAUUCAAAUGUUGCAGACUCUUCCUGACACUCGACUUGUUCGGUCUGAGUGGUGUGUCCGUGGAUUUCACACUACUCUCCUGCCCCCCCACGCUCAUAAUUCCUGUGUACCUGUGUCUGCGUUAAAGCCAGCAGGAAGCUGCUGACGCAUAAUUAGCAACUUUGCUAAUGUUUGUGCAGUUAACUAUCAGUUAAGCCAUUCUUAACAAAAACUGAGCAGAUGUGACAGUUUGUCAGAUGGAAUGGAAAAAAAGCAUUUGGCAAAUAUUUUAAAUUGCCUCUGUAUUAUAAAGUGCGACCUUUGAUAUUUUUUAUCAACUCAAC